GAAGUGACCUUUCCCUGGAGCGGAAGGACGCUCUAGCCGCCAAGUGGUGCUAGACCCGGAAGUGUCCGGCUACAAUUGCAACGCCUGACACCCAGGAAGCGAAAGGAGGUGGGCUGCCGCACUCUUCCGGCUGCGGUCGCCUAGUAACGCACGGCAGGUGGGUUCCGAGUAGCUGUCAAUGUUUCCGGGCUCGGGUCUUGCCUGCCAUUUAACCCCAGGCACAAGGCUAGGUGAGGGCCGCCGUCCCCAGGGAAGUUUGUUGUCCUGCCUUAGAACACACCCAUCUAUUUGCAGGCCUAGACUGGGUGCCUGCCUUUGUAAACAAGGAGAGAUCAGUAACAUAUCAACAGGAACUUCCAGAAAGGUCUUAUUUCAAAUCUUCAUAAAGAACAAGAGCCACGUGGACUUCAGGGGACAUUGAACUGGCCUGAGUUUUGAGGGAUUGGAUAACAUAAUGUGUGAUGAAACUGAAACUGACACAAAGGAAGUCAAAUGGCAGAAAGUCUUAUAUGAGCGACAGCCCUUCCCUGAUAACUACGUGGACCGGCGGUUCCUGGAAGAGCUCCAGAAAAACAUCUAUGCCCGGAAAUACCAAUAUUGGGCUGUGGUAUUUGAGUCCAGUGUGGUGGUACAGCAGCUUUGCAGCGUCUGUGUUUUUGUGGUUAUCUGGUGGUAUAUGGAUGAGGGUCUGCUGGCUCCCCACUGGCUUUUUGGAACUGGCCUGGCAUCUUCAUUAAUUGGCUAUGUGCUGUUUGAUCUAAUUGAUGGAGGUGAGGGACGGAAGAAGAGUGGGAGGACCCGUUGGGAUGACCUCAAGAGUGCCCUGGUCUUUAUUACUUUCACAUACGGUUUUUCACCAGUGCUGAAGACCUUGACAGAAUCUGUUAGCACAGACACUAUCUAUGCCAUGUCAGUGUUUAUGCUGUUAGGCCACCUCAUCUUCUUUGAUUAUGGUGCCAACGCUGCCAUUGUAUCCAGCACACUGUCUUUGAACAUGGCCAUCUUUGCUUCUGUCUGCCUGGCCUCACGUCUACCCCGGUCUCUGCAUGCCUUCAUCAUGGUGACAUUUGCUAUCCAGAUUUUUGCCCUGUGGCCCAUGUUACAAAAGAAACUGAAGGCAUUUACUCCCCGCAGCUAUGUGGGGGUCACACUGCUUUUUGCAUUUUCAGCCCUUGGAGGCCUGCUGUCCAUUAGUAGUGUGGGGGCUGUACUGUUUGCCCUUCUGCUGAUUUCCAUAUCCUGUCUCUGCCCUUACUACCUCAUUCGCCUGCAGCUUUUUAAGGAAAACAUUCACGGGCCUUGGGAUGAAGCUGAAAUCAAAGAAGACUUGUCCAGGUUCCUAAGCUAAGUUAGGAACUUCCACUACAUGAUGAAAGCAAGCUGAUUAGACUCACAUCUUAACCAUCAUAAUAUCUGAAGGAAUAGUUCCAUUCUGGAAGCACCAUGCUAAUAUGGGUGAGACAAGCGAUCAGAAGAACAUGGUUAACCAAAGGCUUUAGAUGGAAAAGUUUUCUAGUGCCCUCUUGAAUUACCUGCUAUAACAAAUGAACAAAUGAGGUGAUGUGGUUUCUAUUUAUUAAAAAACAACAA